GAAAAUGGUUGGGAUGGGCAGAUUGGAAUGGGAUUUUAAUAAUUUCAGAUAGUUUCUGUAGUUUUAUUUAUAGACACAAGUUCCAAGUGUAUAUAAUUAUCCUGUAGUUUAAUCAUUAACAAGCCGAUCAUUAAAUACCAGUAUUAUCCAGUACAAUAAAAGUUCUCAUACAUAAAGCAUUGUUGCUAUUAAUAAUAAUAUUUACACAGUGUUUACAAUCAAAGUUUAUAUUAUUAUAUAGUGUUAUAACUAAUGAUAUAUUAUAUAUGAUGAGGAUUCUACAAAUUAGAGUGACACUUCAGCAAAUGCCUUGAGGAGUUUUCAAUAUUUGGCUCAGGCAAAAUCUAGUUAUUUUUUUUUUGCACGAAUUCACAAUGUCUAAGUCAGAUCCACUAAAAUUGGUUACAGCCUUAUUUUCGUUCAAAGGACGAAAUAACGAUGAGUUGUGCUUUAAAAAGGGAGAUAUUAUAACAAUAACACAGACUGAUGAUGGAGGCUGGUGGGAAGGAACUUUAUAUGAAAAAACGGGAUGGUUUCCUUCUAAUUAUGUUAAAGAGUAUAGAAUACCAGAAUCAGGGCAUGCAACAGUUAAUUUAUCUCCAGAAAAAUCUCCUCCCGAAUUACCAGUUCAUCAAAAACUUAAUCGUGAUAUAGUAUUAAAAGAUAUAAUUGAUUCAGAGAGGGCAAAUGUUGCUGAACUUCAGGGAUUAGUUACUAACUUUUUACAACCUCUUGAAACAUCAAAUAUAUUAAAAAAAGAAGAAUAUAAACAAUUGAUCGGAAAUAUACAAGACGUUCUAGAAAUCCAUCAACGUCUUCUGUCAAAUUUAGAUAGUGCAUUGUUACAAGAUUCUGAUGCAAGAGUUGGAAAUUUAUUUCUGAAUCUUGCUCCUCGUAUGAAAUCAAUACAUUCUAUUUAUUGCAGUUGUCAUCCUCAAGCUGUUUGCAUAUUAGAUCGUUACAGAGAUGAAUUAAAUGAAUUUAUGGAACGCAAUGGUGCUAUAACGCCUGGAAUAUUAGUUUUAACAACAGGAUUAAGUAAACCUUUUCGAAGACUGGAUAAAUACUCUGCUAUGCUACAAGAACUAGAAAGGCAUACGGAAAAAAAUCAUCCUGACAGAGGCGACACACAACGAAGCGUUUGUGUCUAUCGUGAAAUUGCUGAGCAAUGUGGAUUAAUGCGUAAGCAGAGAGAAUUGGCCUUGCAAAUUUUAACAAGUGGUAUUAAAGGUUGGGAAGGAGAGGAAUUGAAUUCAUUAGGUGAUAUUUUACAUGUUGGCCCUGUCACUAUAAUAAUGGGUGCUGAACGACGUGACAGAUAUUUUGUUCUUUUUCCUACCAAUUUACUUGUUCUUAGUACAAGCUCCAGAAUGAGUUCUUUUGUUUACGAGGGAAAGCUUCCAUUGACCGGUAUAAAUGCUGUUUUAAUAGAGAACACAGACGAUUUAAAAAAUGCGUUUGAAAUAUCCGGCCCAAUGAUUGAGAAUAUAACCGUAUUAUGCACUCAUAAAGAGGACAGACAACAAUGGAUCGAUCUUCUAUCACAAGAGCAGGGCCUGGGUCUUUUGAGAUCUCCAACAGUGAUGCCCCAUGCAACGAAAAUAAUCAACGAGAAACAACAGCAACAGCAAAUUGUGGAAAUUGGUCAAUCUCUAGGUACUAAAACACCUUGGAGCCUCGCUUCUUUACGACCAGCUCCACCUAUUUAUACAAUUAAGCCUUUUGGAAAAUCUGACUCUUCUGAGAAUAGUUGGUCAACGAAGUUGUGCAACGAACGACAGUUUGAGGACGAUGCUAUUAUUUUAAAAGUAAUUGAAGGCUAUUGUUUUACAGUAAACACCAGAUUUACUGUUCAUUCUACUAUGUUGGAUUAUGACCCACUUCAUAAAGCCCGCGAUAGAGUAUCCUUUAUGAAUAAUAAAAUUGGCGAUGGAGAUGCGCGAGAAGACAGAAGCUUAUCGGAAACUAUUGCGACCUUAAAACAUCAAAUGGUGGAUUUGCAAUGGCAAAUUUCACAACUCACUUUACAGUUAGAAGAAGAAAGAAGAUCACGACUCUCGUUGGCUGCAACCGUUCAACGCAGCAUUGCUGUUAUUGAUGGUCCUGUACCUUAAGGUAUAGGAUUUAAUACAUAAUUCACUAACGUCUUUCCAUAAAUGACAAAUUGUAAUUUUUUCAAUUGUCUUUACCAAAAAGAAAAAUUUUCAAUUUUUAGACACGCACAUGUAUACAAUGUUGUUAAAUAAAAAAAAAAGUUGCCUUUUUAUGGGAAUGUUUUUGUAAAAAUAGAAAUAAAUAAAUAUUCUUAGUUUGAUUAAUAA